UUAUCAUUCAAAAUAGAGCAUUCGAUACUUUGGCUUGUCGCUUACACAGCGGCUAGCUUAUUAUUUUACAUAAUAGUUUCAAUAUGGAACCCCAAAAAACCACUGCUAAGAACCUUGAAGAACGCGAAAAGGGUGCUUAUUGUUACUGCACACCCAGAUGAUGAAAGAAAUCAUUCAGACUUAGGUAAAACUAGAAAAUAUGAACUAUAUGAGGCUUGUAAAGUAUUAGGCAUAUCGGAAGAUAGGAUAACUAUACAUAAUGACCAAUUUUUACCUGACAAUCCAAAUGUGAUGUGGAAAGAAGAUUUAAUCGGAUCUAUUAUUAUGAAUUAUGUACAAAGUUUAAAUGUUGAUACUUUAGUUUCAUUUGACAAACAGGGUAUUAGUCAACAUCCGAAUCACAAAGCUAUUUAUUACGCCAUUGCCUAUUUGGUUAUGGAGAACCAAUUACCAAGUUAUUGCAGAGCUUAUACAUUAGAAACGGUUAAUAUAUUUCGAAAAUAUUCACUGUUUUUAGAUAUACCUAUUAGUUUUUUAUCAUCUUCUUACUGGUCAAUAUUAAAUUGGAAAGAAAGAAAAAGAAUUCAAAAAGCAAUGAAAGAACAUAAUUCUCAGAUGGUCUGGUUCAGAUCAUUGUACAUCACGUUUUCUCGCUAUAUGCUUGUGAACACCUUGGAAGAAAUUACUUUCCAUAAUACACUAAAUAAUUUAUCACAAGAAGAGGAUAAAGAAAAUUAAUUUAUAUACCCAAAUAACAAAUUCAAUUUGUGCCAUUAUUGUAC